AUGCAUAUUGCGACUACAUUACAAAUUGAAAAAGGACCGCGGAAAGUAUUAAAGCGUGCUUGGGAACGUCCACCAUUUAUGGUUGCAAAACGGAAUGCUCGAGAACGAACACGGGUUCAUGCUGUUAAUCAGGCUUUUGUUGCAUUGAAAUUUCACCUCCCGGCAAUACGCUCCAACACAAAACGCGUGUCGAAAUUGAAAAUUCUGAGGGCUGCUAUUGAUUACAUUGCUGCGCUGACCGAUUUACUUCACUCCGAGAAUGCGGAUUUUUCGAAGCUCAAUGUGUCAAGCUAUUCUUUUGAUAAUACCAUGAACGUCUCAUCUCGCUCUAGGCAAGAAAAUCAAGUAUCAAGUAAGGAUAACAUGAUGAAGAUAGAAGAAUCGGAACAACGUCAACAGCGCACCAUACCUCAAAACACCUAUAGUGCUGCCCAAUGUUACGGCAAGCAGUACUGGCUAGCCGGUCAUCCCGUGUCAAAUUAA